AUGGGUAUCCGGGGUGAGCCAGGGUUCGAGGGGCCCAUGGUGAGUAGCAUAGUACCCAGUGGACUGGCCACCUAAAUCGCACCCUUCCUUCCAGAGAUACACACACAUAGCAACGUCACAGUACCCCCAUGUGCCACUUAAAGCUAGAAUCCUUAAUUGAAACAAUAACAAAGUGGUUACCGCACCAGUGUUUUGGUAAAUAGCUGAGGCAAGGGCCUGGAGAACUGUAACCACUUUCAAAUUUAUAGACAGAGCUAUGGAUGCAAGUACUGACCAUCCAUUAUAUCAAAAUUAUAGUUUUAACCAUGUUUUGAGUCUAUAGAGUGUUUGUGUACAUACUGUACAUUGUUUACAAACAUAGUAAAACAAGUUGUAUUUUGUGUUCUGAUGGGAUAAGACAGUUGCUAGCUAUAGAAAUAUGCUAUGUAGAACAAACAUGCCUCUCUGUGAUGUUGAAUAAGGAAUAACGUAUACGUUCCAAAACUUUGUGUCCUACUGACCACGUCCCAGGUUGUUAGAUAUAGCUAGCUAAUGAGGUAACGUGACUGAAUAAGGUGUAGCCUAAACAAAUGGUUAACAGUCCAGUCCGCAAGUUGCCUAGUUUAAGAACGGCCCACGAUAUGCUUUAUGAAAAUGCAGCCCGCCAAUGCACAACAGAAAGAAAAAUACACUGCUCAAAAAAACAAAGGGAACACUUAAACAACACAUCCUAGAUCUGAAUGAAUGAAAUUAUCUUAUUAAAUACUUUUUUCUUUACAUAGUUGAAUGUGCUGACAACAAAAUCACACAAAAAUUAUCAAUGGAAAUCAAAUUUAUCAACCCAUGGAGGUCUGGAUUUGGAGUCACCCUCAAAAUUAAAGUGGAAAACCACACUACAGGCUGAUCCAACUUUGAUGUAAUGUCCUUAAAACAAGUCAAAAUGAGGCUCAGUAGUGUGUGUGGCCUCCACGUGCCUGUAUGACCUCCCUACAACGCCUGGGCAUGCUCCUGAUGAGGUGGCGGAUGGUCUCCUGAGGGAUCUCCUCCCAGACCUGGACUAAAGCAUCCGCCAACUCCUGGACAGUCUGUGGUGCAACGUGACGUUGGUGGAUGGAGCGAGACAUGAUGUCCCAGAUGUGCUCAAUUGGAUUCAGGUCUGGGGAACGGGCGGGCCAGUCCAUAGCAUCAAUGCCUUCCUCUUGCAGGAACUGCUGACACACUCCAGCCACAUGAGGUCUAGCAUUGUCUUGCAUUAGGAGGAACCCAAGGCCAACCGCACCAGCAUAUGGUCUGACAAGGGGUCUGAGGAUCUCAUCUCGGUACCUACCACCCGUGGACGUCGGGCCCUCAUACCACCCUCAUGGAGUCUGUUUCUGACCGUUUGAGCAGACACAUGCACAUUUGUGGCCUGCUGGAGGUCAUUUUGCAGGGCUCUGGCAGUGCUCCUCCUGCUCCUCCUUGCACAAAGGCGGAGGUAGGGGUCCUGCUGCUGGGUUGUUGCCCUCCUACGGCCUCCUCCACGUCUCCUGAUGUACUGGCCUGUCUCCUGGUAGCGCCUCCAUGCUCUGGACACUACGCUGACAGACACAGCAAACCUUCUUGCCACAGCUCGCAUUGAUGUGCUAUCCUGGAUGAGCUGCACUACCUGAGCCACUUGUGUGGGUUGUAGACUCCGUCUCAUGCUACCACUAGAGUGAAAGCACCGCCAGCAUUCAAAAGUGACCAAAACAUCAGCCAGAAAGCAUAGGAACUGAGAAGUGGUCUGUGGUCACCACCUGCAGAACCACUCCUUUAUUGGGGGUGUCUUGCUAAUUGCCUAUAAUUUCCACCUGUUGUCUAUUCCAUUUGCAGAACAGCAUGUGAAAUUUAUUGUCAAUCAGUGUUGCUUCCUAAGUGGACAGUUUGAUUUCACAGAAGUGUGAUUGACUUGGAGUUACAUUGUGUUGUUUAAGUGUUCCCUUAAUUAUUUUGAGCAGUGUAUAUAGCGCCGGUAUUAUGGGCCAUAUCUUUUGAAAGGUUAGGGUUAGAAUCAAGCCAUUUUCUCUGAGGAAAAGAUGGAGACUUGGCUACAUUGGCUACAGAACCAGGAGUAAAUGCAGUGGGGAAAGUGGGAGGGUUGAGCGAGACUACAAAUUCAAAGACAGCCUACUCUAUUCAUGGCUUUUCUAUCUGCAACGUUCGAGAACGUUUUGCAGCUGAACGUGGCCCUGGCAACAUUACCAGUAGCCUAUAUGCAAACAUUUGGUGGCACAGAAAGAAAGGAAAAGAAGGAAAAGGGAUAGCAAACAAUUUGUUGACUAAAUUCCUCUUGCCACUACACUAUAUCUGACUGGGUAAAUAACCCCCCCCCCUUCCCCCCCCAGAACAGCCUCAAUUCGUCGGGGCAUGGACUCGACUUGGUGUCGAAAGCGUUCCACAGGGGUGCUGGCCAUGUUGACUCCAAUGUUCCCACAGUUGUGUCAAGUUGACUGGAGGUCCCUUUGGGGGGUGGGAAACUGUUGAGCGUGAAAAACCCAGCCGCGUUGCAAUUCUUGACACAAACCGGUGCGCCUGGCACCUACUACCAUACCCCAUUCAAAGACACUUCAAUCUUUGUCUUGCCCAUCACCCUCUGAAUGACAAAACAUGUUUCAGUUGUUCAAAGGGUUAAAAAUAAUUAUUUAACCUGUCUCUUCCCCUUUAUCUACACUGAUUAUAGUGAAUUUUAACAAAUGACAUCAAAAAGGGGUCAUAGCUUUUACCUUGAUUCACCUGGUUUAGUCUGUGUCAUGGAAAGAGCAGGUGUUCUUAAUGCUUUUGUACACUCAUGUAUAUGUUUGUCAUAUAGUUUUCUGCUGUUGGGAAGAGAAAUAGGAUGUUAUGCAGAAAACAUGUUGGUAGGACAAGGCUAUGCAUGUUUGUGCAAUGGAUCAAUUGUUUUCUUUGGUUUGGGAACACAGAGUAUUGUUGUUGUUUCUGUGUGACUUAAUAAAUAUACUAUUUCACCAACACGCUGCGCUUUGGUUCCUCCUUCACAGUGACACUGCCAAUGCACAACAAAUGAAAAAAACUGUCAAAAACAAAGGGAACACUAAACAAACAUCUAGAUCGAAUGAAUGAAAUUAUCGUUAUUAAAUACUUUUUUCUUUACAUAGUUGAAUGUGCUGACAACAAAAUCACACAAAAAUUAUCAAUGGAAAUCAAAUUUAUCAACCCAUGGAGGUCUGGAUUUGGAGUCACCCUCAAAAUUAAAGUGGAAAACCACAUUACAGGGCUGAUCCAACUUUUAUGUAAUGUCCUUAAAACAAGUCAAAAUGAGGCUCAGUAGUGUGUGUGGCCUCCACGACCUCCCUACAACGCCUGGGCAUGCUCCUGAUGAGGUGGCGGAUGGUCUCCUGAGGGAUCUCCUCCCAGACCUGGACUAAAGCAUCCGCCAACUCCUGGACAGUCUGUGGUGCAACGUGACGUUGGUGGAUGGAGCGAGACAUGAUGUCCCAGAUGUGCUUAAUUGGAUUCAGGUCUGGGGAAUGGGCGGGCCAGUCCAUAGCAUCAAUGCCUUCCUCUUGCAGGAACUGCUGACACACUCCAGCCACAUGAGGUCUAGCAUUGUCUUGCAUUAGGAGGAACCCAAGGCCAACCGCACCAGCAUAUGGUCUGACAAGGGGUCUGAGGAUCUCAUCUCGGUACCUAAUGGCAGUCAGGCUACCUCUGGCGAGCACAUGGAGGGCUGUGCGGCCCCCCAAAGAAAUGCCACCCCACACCAUGACUGACCCACCGCCAAACCGGUCAUGCUGGAGGAUGUUGCAGGCAGCAGAACGUUCUCCACGGCGUCUCCAGACUCUGUCACGUCUGUCACAUGUGCUCAGUGUGAACCUGCUUUCAUCUGUGAAGAGCACAGGGCGCCAGUGGCGAAUUUGCCAAUCUUGGUGUUCUCUGGCAAAUGCCAAACGUCCUGCACGGUGUUGGGCUGUAAGCACAACCCCCACCCGUGGACGUCGGGCCCUCAUACCACCCUCAUGGAGUCUGUUUCUGACCGUUUGAGCAGACACAUGCACAUUUGUGGCCUGCUGGAGGUCAUUUUGCAGGGCUCUGGCAGUGCUCCUCCUGCUCCUCCUUGCACAAAGGCGGAGGUAGGGGUCCUGCUGCUGGGUUGUUGCCCUCCUACGGCCUCCUCCACGUCUCCUGAUGUACUGGCCUGUCUCCUGGUAGCGCCUCCAUGCUCUGGACACUACGCUGACAGACACAGCAAACCUUCUUGCCACAGCUCGCAUUGAUGUGCUAUCCUGGAUGAGCUGCACUACCUGAGCCACUUGUGUGGGUUGUAGACUCCGUCUCAUGCUACCACUAGAGUGAAAGCACCGCCAGCAUUCAAAAGUGACCAAAACAUCAGCCAGGAAGCAUAGGAACUGAGAAGUGGUCAGUGGUAUGCAGAACCACUUCUUUAUUGGGGGUGUCUUGCUAAUUGCCUAUAAUUUCCACCUGUUGUCUAUUCCAUUUGCACAACAGCAUGUGACAUUUAUUGUCAAUCAGUGUUGCUUCCUAAGUGGACAGUUUGAUUUCACAGAAGUGUGAUUGACUUGGAGUUACAUUGUGUUGUUUAAGUGUUCCCUUAAUUCUUUUGAGCAGUGUAUAUAGCGCCGGUAUUAUGGGCCAUAUCUUUUGAAAGGUUAGGGUUAGAAUCAAGCCAUUUUCUCUGAGGAAAAGAUGGAGACUUGGCUACAUUGGCUACAGAACCAGGAGUAAAUGCAGUGGGGAAAGUGGAAGGGUUGAGCGAGACUACAAAUUCAAAGACAGCCUACUCUAUUCAUGGCUUUUCUAUCUGCAACGUUUCCAGAACGUUUUGCAGCUGAACGUGGCCCUCGCAACAUUACCAGUAGCCUAUAUGCAAACAUUUGGUGGCACAGAAAGAAAGGAAAAGAAGGAAAAGGGAUAGCAAACAAUUUGUUGACUAAAUUCCUCUUGCCACUACACUAUAUCUGACUGGGUAAAUAACCCCCCCCCCCCCCCCCCCCCCCCCAGAAUAGCCUCAAUUUGUCGGGGCAUGGACUCGACUUGGUGUCGAAAGCGUUCCACAGGGAUGCUGGCCCAUGUUGACUCCAAUGCUUCCCACAGUUGUGUCAAGUUGACUGGAGGUCCUUUGGGUGGUGGGAAACUGUUGAGCGUGAAAAACCCAGCAGCGUUGCAAUUCUUGACACAAACCGGUGCGCCUGGCACCUACUACCAUACCCCAUUCAAAGACACUUCAAUCUUUUGUCUUGCCCAUUCACCCUCUGAAUGACACACAUGUUUCAGUUGUCUCAAGGCUUAAAAAUAAUUAUUUAACCUGUCUCUUCCCCUUCAUCUACACUGAUUAUAGUGAAUUUAACAAGUGACAUCAAUAAGGGAUCAUAGCUUUCACCUUGAUUCACCUGGUCAGUCUGUGUCAUGGAAAGAGCAGGUGUUCUUAAUGCUUUGUACACUCAGUGUAUAUGUUUGUCAUAUAGUAUUUCUGCUGUUGGGAAGAGAAUAGGAUGUUAUGCAGAAAACUAUGUUGGUAGGACAAGGCUAUGCAUGUUUGUGCACAUGGAAGUCAGGGGAUUUGUGUUUACUAUAGGUUAAUGAGGCAAUACAAAUGUGAUGUGACUCAAAUGAAAGGGCAUUUAGUUGACAGAAAUGCCCCACUUUUUUCGUCAUUUUGACAAUAACUAGACUAAAUCAUUAUCCAAAUGACAAAAAUGUGACUAAAACAUAAAGAUUUUUUUGUCAAAAUGACUAAGACUAGACUAAAUAAAUAAAAAAAGAGUUCCAAAAUUAACACUGGUCUGAAUGAUGACCACACUGUAUCUUCGUGUGAUAUUAAAUGACCCAUUUGGAGAAGUUGUAAACUGCUAGAUUGCCAUACUGUAGAAACCCAUCCCCAGGUGGUUUGCCAUACUGUAGAAACCCAUCCCCAGGUGGUUUGCCAUACUGUAGAAACCCAUCCCCAGGUGGUUUGCAUGUGAGUUUAGCUCUGGCUGUUAUACAGACAUCCUCUAGGCGAUGCUCAGUUUUACAGCUCCUCCGGCUGUCACUAUCUCUACACGUAUGUCUCAUAUAUCAUGCUGUUAUCAGAUGGCGUGUCAUUAAAAACGUGGUUAGACAGUGUUCAGUCUAGUCAGUUUACAUUGUCAGUCAGUAUGGCUGAAGUGUGGCUAUAGAUUAGACAAAUGAGAUCAUCAUGAAAGGGAAGAUUUUGUUAAAUGUUUCUGGGGCCAGGAUGUGAUAGGCCUCCAUGUCUAUCUACUCAAAGCAAGAAAAUCUAACUAAAAGGAACUAACACUUCAAUCCCUUCUCUGUCAUUAUUUGAUUGAAGGGGCCACUGGGAACACAAGGUCCAAUGGGUUUCCCUGGUAUUACUGUAAGUAUUAGUACUGCUACUGCAUUUUACUGAAAUUAUUUGUUAUAUAAUUCAUUGUUGUAUUGUUCUUGGAUUGAUUCAAAACACUUUGAAGAAUCAGGUUGCAUGCUUUUCAACUACUUACUGUACCUGCAGUCCUCUGACUCCUCUCUGACCUCUGACCUCCACAGGGCAAGAGAGGACCAGACGGGGACAAGGGGGACCCUGGACUGAAGGGGGAGAGAGUAAGAACCCAGCCUCUGGAGACCUGUACACAUUCAUACUUUUUGACAUCUGAAUUAUGAGUUACACGUUUGUCUUCUCUCUCUCUCUCUCUCUCUCUCUCUCUCUCUCUCUCUCUCUCUAUCUCUCUCUCUCUCUCUCUCUCUCUCAUUCUAUCUCAGGGUGUUCAGGGUGCUUCGGGCAUCCAAGGGCCUCAGGGAGAGAGGGGUCCUAGUGGCUUCCCUGGCUUUACAGGGCUCAAAGGUCAACCUGGCACUAAAGGCAUUGGGGUAGGCCGACUCUCUGCCUUAUCACUGUAUCUACAGUUAUAGACUGCUACUUUACCAUUGGAAGACUGAUGGAUUUUGUGUCUCCUCUUUAAGGGGGAGAAUGGAGAAACUGGCCCUCAGGGAAAACUGGGCAGAGAUGGGCUGAAG